UCUCUAAAUUUAGCAAUCCAUUUUUAUUUUCCAAAUAACAAAGCUCUGUUUUUCCACACAAUUUAAUUUCAAACAAGGAAAAGGUAAAAAAAUAAUAAUAAUAAAGAGAAAAGAAAAUUUUUUUUUCUCCUGAAUCAUUUGGCAAUUUGGGUUUUGGGGGUAAAGAAUUGAGGGGAGGGAAGAAGAUGGGUAGAGGGAAAAUAGAGAUAAAGAGGAUAGAGAAUGCAAACAGCAGGCAAGUCACAUUCUCCAAGAGGCGUUCUGGGUUGCUUAAGAAGGCUAAUGAACUUUCCAUUCUCUGCGAUGCUGAGCUUGCUCUUGUCAUCUUCUCCAACGCCGGCAAGCUCAUUGAGUUUUCUAGUUCUGGGUAAGUAAAUUAUUGUUCUUUCUUCAAAAUUUUUAAAAUUUUUAGAAUUUCAUUUUUAUCAAGCAUGUGCUUUUUCUUUUCUGAUUAUAUAUUUAGAAUUGAGUAUUUGUUUUUCUUGGAAUUUACUGGGUUUUUUUGUUGCCUAUGAUGUCUUCUUCUUCUUUCUUUCUUUUUUCUUUUAUUUGAUUAAUAUGUUGUUUUUUAGAAGGAAUUUAGAGAGGUCAGUGGGUGUAGUGUCUGUUAUUUGGGACUUCUUCUUUUUUUUUAUUUGACCCUUUUUCUCUGAAAUUUAUUGAUGAACUUUGCUGGAAUUCUGUGGAUUUCCCGGAGUUUUUAUGGAAUUUUCUUCUUAGGUAAAUGGGUCUUUCUAUCCUGUCUUUUGCUUUACCAAUUACCACAAAAUAAAAGGGGGGAUUUUUGUUUCCUUGAGCCUGUACAUUCUGCUUGGAUUCCACUAAACUUCACCAUAACUU